UAAAAAAAAAAAUGUUUUUUUUUUAAUGAGUGAAAGUCUUUCGUACUCGCAAAGACGAAAUCGAUGUCGUUGAGUGCAUUUGUGGCUGGAGUAGCGCUCGGCGGUUUGCGGUACGGCGCCGUCAAGUUCCAGUUGAUGGAACGCGAGAGCGUCGUGCUGUAUUCGGUGAGCCAGGUCAAGGAGAGCUUCCAUGGCGACCACCUGAAGACGCGCCACGAGGAAAGAUACGAGCCACUUCCGAGUCGAGAGCAUGAGUACUACACGUACGUGCGCGAGGGCUGGAACUCCAAGGUGCUGGCUUUUCGCAACAAGACGUACGAGUUCUUCCAAGCCAAUUAAUACGACCUGGCGGAUAUCCUACCCACUCGCAGCUCUGUGAGACUGCUGUGAAUAGCUCAAAAGACGAGAAAUUAACACGCAGAUCAUGUAUUUCCUGGCUCAUCACAAGGGGUAGAUUGAUACAGAAAGCUCUUACACAAUAGGGACUCCUUGGCGUUCCAUGACCAGCGUAUUCUCCACCAACUGUGCCUGCGUGUCUUGGGCCUGCCGCACAAGUUCUUGCAUCUUGUUCCGAAAAUAUUCGACACGAGCUUUGCCGACGCUGGGGCUGCCGCUACUCGGGUACUCAGGGUCGCUCUUCGUUCGAGC